GAGCAACAUGCAGUUAUCAAAUUCUUUGUAAAGAAAGGUUUAAAGGCAAUGGAAAUUCAUACCGAAAUGGUGAAUGUGUUGGGUGAAUCUGCUCCUUCAAAAACAAUGGUUUGCAAGUGGGCUAGUUUAUUCAAAAGUGAUCGUACCAGCCUUGAAGACGAUCCGCGAGAGGAACGUCCAAAAACUGCAUCAGCACCGGAAAUCAUUGGAAAAAUACAAGAUAUGGUAUUGGAAGACCGUCGAUUGACUGAAAGAGAUUUAACAGAGGCUUUAGGCAUUUCAUUGGGCACAGUGAUCAAUAUUUUGAGUGUUAAUUUGAGUUUCAAAAAACUCUGUGCAAAAUGGGUGCCACAUUCUCUAACGAUGAAGCAAACACACAUUCGGAGGCGACUUUGCCAGCAAUAUUUGGUGCGUUUUAAGAAGAAUAAAAGCGACUUUAUCCGUCGAUUUAUCACAAUGGAUGAGACUUGGGUCUACCAUCAUGAUCCGGGAAUCACAAACUGCUUAGCCAGGAGGCUAAGGAGUGGUGUUGAACCCGGCUCUCUUCGGCGCCGAAGCGAGUUCGUGUGCAAAAAUCAGCCAAGAAGGUGUUAG